AUGAGGAGGAUGAACCAGGUUAGUGCCCCUGGCCAUGACAACCCUGCCAUGGAGAUGACUGAUGGAGUGGUCAACCAGUCUGAACGGCAGCCAGUUGAUGAAACUCAGAUCUCUAAGACAUCAGUGUCGAGUGCUGUGAGGGCAAAUGCCCAGUGGGCAUCUUACACCUGCAGCCGCUGGAAACUAGCCUGCCUUCAGUGUGUGAGGAGAAAACCCAUAGGGGAAUUCUUUGAGAGCAUGUACAAAGGCCUGGCGGAUGGAGGAGAUAAAAGCUUCAACCUCAAUAAAAGUCUGCUGGACCAUUUCAGAGAUCUGGCUUCCAGCAAUCAGGACACUGAUGAGGUAGACUUUCAGUACCUGAAUGAUGUGAUCGUAGAUGGAGCCGACCCCAACUCAACAGACAGAUUCGGACAAACUGUCUUACAUGAGAUCUCGAGGGCGUGGAAUGUGGACAUGAUGCAUUUCUUCCUGGAGAGGGGGGCUGAUUUUCUGCGUCCUGACUCCUACGGGGUCAGACCUCUGCAUGUUGCUGCAGCUCUGGACUAUGUGGAGAUGAUCCACUUCCUGUUGGAGAGGAAAGCUGACAUUGGUGCUACGACCAACAUGGACCAUCAGACGCCUCUCCAUUACGCAGCUAAGAACGACACGGUGGGGGCACUCAGGGUGCUGCUGCAGUAUGGGGCAGACAUCUCCGCACAAGACUACAAAAAGAGAACCCCUCUACAACUGGCUGCCAACCUAGACCGGAGUGAGGCUGCACGGACGCUAAUGGUACUGGGGGCAGAUGCUGGAGUGAAGGACUCUGAUGGUCAACUCUGCAUCACCACCAUGAUUGACAAGAUAACCUCAGUGGCUCAUUUGGCGCUGAACCAGUUCCAUGGGACUGACCGGAUGACCAGGCAGCAGUUCUACUACCUCCACCUGCUGGAGCCAGAGCCACCCUGCAAGCAGAAUCCGCAAGGACAGGGCUCACAAGAGAGAGUGGCCAAGUUCAUAGUGCACCAGGGAAAGCUGGAUCUCAUCAUGCACCCUGUGGUUUUAAAGCUCAUCACUGUCAAGUGGAAACUAUAUGGCUGGUUGGUGGAUUGGAUACUACUACUCCUCGACUUCCUGUUUAUCGUCUCCUGGACGACCGUGGCCAUCUCUGUGUCUGUCAUCCGAAACAAGGACCCUUAUGUUUUCCCUGAGGACUGGUGGCGUGUGUUUGGGGUGGUGGUAGCUCUGGGGCUGACAGUGUUGGAGGUGGGCCGGGAGGUGGCGGAGAUGAUAGGCUCCAGGAGGAAGCUGAGGAGCAGGCAGCGGAACAUCUUUGAUUGGCUGGUGUACAUUCUGCUGAUGGCAGUGUUUGGGAUCCAUGUGGCAGAUAUCUUCUUGCUGGCAGGCACACUGCGAGACUACAGCCUGCGCCUCUUCGCUGUGGUCAUAAUUUUCCUCUGGCUCCGGCUGAUGAAGCACCUACCUGCCGUUAUGGGUCCUUUCAUUGUCAUGCUGGGGAAGAUUGAGGAUGUCCUACGUUUCCUCUUCCUAUAUGCAGAGAUCUUUAUCCCUUAUGCAUGUGUUUUCUGGAUUAUAUUUGGAGGUCAGGUGUCAAUACCCAGUAUGCGGACUGUGCCCCAGCUGCUCUACAGCCUGUACCGCAUCACUCUGGUGGAUGAGUACGAGUUUAAUGCCAUUGUUGAAGUGGACUCUAUCAUGGCCCACUUCCUCUGUGGCACCUUCCUGGCUCUGUCCUCCAUUCUGUGUGUCAACCAGAUGAUUGCCCUCCUCUCGGACACCUUUCAAAGGGUGUAUAACAAUGCACUGGCCAAUGCAGUGAUGCAGCAAGCAGCCAUUAUCCUGCAGGUGGAGGAAUCCAUGCCCCGUCUCUGCCGUUUCUAUGAUGACCAGCACAUCCACCGCUUCUGUGCCUCGCUUGGGGAGUUUUACGAUGAUGACAUCAGAACUGACCCAAAGCGGCAUGCAGAGAUGAAGACGAUCACCACUCAGAUCAAGGUGCCAGGAUGGAGUAUGACACAGCUUCGCUGUAUUGUGGAAUAUUUCCAGGCGUGUGCCAAGAUCUAUCUCUUCUUGUCUAUCCUAGGGGAGGCGCUUCUCAUCCCCUGUGCAGGGGGAACGCCUACAGACUCUGCAGAGGCUCCAGAUGGACCAGACCCAGCAGAACCAGACCUCAGUGCCCUGAGGGCAGACAUGAAGAUCCUGCAGCAGGCCCUGAUCCACCAACUGAUCCAGUCCCAGACCAGCUCAUGUUAG